AUGGGGACGGGCUAUGAGGGUUUGGAGGGGGAGGUGGAAGGGGGAGGGGUUGGAGGGGGAGGUUUGCUGGUGUUGGAGGGGGAGGCGGUUGGGGUUGCUGUUGUUGUUGUCGCCGCCGCCGGGGGUCGGGGAGCGAAUCUGGAGGGAGACGCUCUCUUCGCGCUCCGAAAGAGCUUGUCGGAUCCGGAUAACGUGCUGCAGAGUUGGGACCCGACUCUCGUUAAUCCUUGCACUUGGUUCCAUAUCACUUGCAAUCAGGACAAUCGCGUCACUAGAUUGGACCUUGGAAAUCUAAAUUUGUCAGGUCAUCUUGUCCCUGAACUUGGAAACCUUGAGCACUUGCAGUAUCUGGAGUUAUACAAAAAUAACCUUCAAGGUGUAAUCCCAUCAGAGCUUGGUAACUUAGAGAGCUUGAUAAGCUUGGACUUGUACAACAACAAUAUCUCUGGGACUAUCCCUCCAUCGUUUGGAAGACUAAAAUCUCUAGUAUUUUUGCGGCUUAACAACAACCAGAUAACUGGUCAAAUCCCAAGAGAGCUUGUUGGAAUUUCUAGCCUGAAAGUUGUAGACGUCUCUAGCAACAAUCUUUGUGGGACAGUUCCUUCUUCUGGACCUUUUGCACACAUUCCCUUGAAGAACUUUGAGAACAAUCCUCGACUUGUAGGCCCAGAGCUGCAGGGACUCGCAACAUAUGAUACAAACUGCUAGAUGGUGAUGAGGACGCGAGUCACAGGAGAUGACUCAACUCUUAUUUCGAACUUAAAAUCUGCAUAUUGUAAACCAACCUAUUGGUAUUAUUGAACUGUAUUUGAAGCUCAUGAAUGGGCUCUCUCUAUGUUGCAUGUAAGAUAGGUUGGAGGCUUCCUCCUGCU